AUGGCCACCACCCCCUCAACACAACCCCCCCUCUCCGUCCACGUCACCAUCCGCGUCUCCCCCACCAACGCCCCCCGCUUCCUCGAGCUCCUCCGCCCCUGCCAAGAAGGCUGCCUCUCAGAGCCCCAAUGCCUGUACUUUGACGUCUUCCACGACGGGCACGGCCUCUUCCGCUUCGUCGAGGUCUGGACCCUGACCCGCGCCGAGUUCGAGUCCGUGCAGAUGCGGAAGCCGUACUACGAGCCGUACCUGAGCCUGACGACGCCCAUGUGGACGCAGGAUCGGGAUAUUCAGUACUUCGAGCAGGUGCCCGGCUGGUUGGGGGUGAGGGGGGCGUAUUUUGAGGGGAGGGUCAGGACGUGA